AUGGCUCCAGUUGGAUGGUUCUGUGCAGCGAUCCUGGCUGUUGGUACCUUUGAGCUGUGUCGUGCAGGACCUCUUCAUGCCCAGUGCAAAGUUGAAUGGUACUUUGGGAUACCAUGCAAAGUGGUUUAUGAAUCCCUCGUCUCUCAGAUUAAGAAGUGGAGAACCAUGACUGGCUGCACCAUGGGGGGACAGAAGUGCCUCUACAAGUCUGCUCUAAAUGUGAGGACUCUGUCUCCUCCUGGAACCGUGGCUGCUUCCAAGGACUUUCUUGGUCUUCCUGAAGCCUUUUUCUUUUUCGGCAUCCUGGCUUUGGUGGGUCCUGAAUCCUCCUCAGAUUGCAGUAAUCCAGCUCUUCCUCUGAUGGACUUGGAGCUGAAGUCUGCCUCCGUCCAUUUCAUAGCAGCCAAACACACCACUCCCUUCAAGAGAUAUGUGGAUGACAUCAAUUUCCGGCUGGUCUCCUAUCACUUCUUCAGUAGCUGUCACGUUUCAGCCAUGUCCAUCUCAGAGACCUGGUAUGCAGUCAGAGACCAUGGCACAAACUACUGCAACCUCUACAACCUGAUGGAUGGAAGUGGUCUAACUGAAGCCAGAGGUUACAGAGAGGUCACCAGUGACUUCCUGUGUACUGAGCGCUCCUCUGCUAACUGCACUAUCUACUGACCUGUUGAAAGGAUGAAUAGUCAAGCAGAU